UUCUCUGUGCCCCUCUCGUCUCUUUCCCUGCUUGGCGUGGCCGCCAUCUUGUUCUUGCCGCGUGUUGUUUGCGGACGGGUUGCCGGACUCAGACACAGCAUCAUGAAUCAAGAAAAGUUAGCCAAGCUUCAAGCUCAGGUCCGAAUAGGCGGAAAGGGUACAGCUCGCAGAAAGAAGAAGGUGGUACACAGGACAGCGACAGCUGAUGACAAAAAACUUCAGAGUUCACUCAAAAAAUUGGCAGUAAAUAAUAUUGCUGGAAUUGAAGAGGUGAAUAUGAUAAAAGAUGAUGGAACAGUUAUUCAUUUCAACAAUCCCAAGGUCCAAGCUUCCCUUUCCGCUAACACUUUUGCAAUUACUGGUCAUGCAGAGGCUAAACCGAUCACAGAAAUGCUCCCGGGAAUCUUAAGCCAACUUGGUGCUGACAGUUUAACAAGUCUCAGGAAGUUAGCUGAACAGUUCCCAAGACAAGUGUUGGAUAGCAAAGCAACAAAAUCUGAAGACAUUGAUGAAGAAGAUGAUGAUGUCCCCGAUCUCGUAGAAAACUUUGAUGAAGCAUCAAAGAACGAAGCGAAUUAAAUCAUUAAUAGUUCUGGAAGAUGGCUUGGACUAGAUUUAAGAAAUCAGCUAUGUGGUUCCAAAGUUUUACAGAAACAGAGAACAUCACCUGUUAAUAGUUCAGUAAUAUAAAUAUUUUGUAUUUUAAUUAUGCUGUUUGUUCAGCAUUUUCUGUCAGUUGAUUUUGCAUUUUGCACUUACUCCCAGGAUCUACUUUUUCGGUCAAAAAAUAAGAAUUGUCAGUGCAGUUUGAGGGUGUGUGCAUGUGCAUAUGUGUAUGGUGUGGGUGUACAUAUAGUGGAGAACAAAUUGGAGAACAGUUCUAUUUAACCUUCCCUUUGCCCUCAGAAGUAGAAGUAAAACAAAUCUUUACAGUUGUUACUUUUUAUUCCCACCAAAUAGUGCACAGAAAGUGGUGAAAAGUGAAAGUCUUACUUGUCCACAUUUCAUUAAUUCAAGGCAUUCUGCCAUUAAGACUUGGGUUUAAUUUGCUGUGUUAACUAUUGUACUUGCAAAUAUCUAUCUCUUCCAUGUUGAAAAUGUUCACAUGCUAUUUGCUAUCAACCUCAUGUUGGUUCCAAAUGAUACCAAAGACAGGAUAUUUACAGCCUGUUUGGUGUGGUAACAUUUUUAAAAACAGACCUAGAAGGUUUGCUUAUUUUUCUUUUUAAAAUUCCUUUCUCGCUGUGUCCCUCUACUCCUCCUUUAACUUUAGCCAAUUCUAUCAGCCUUCAUUUCAAGUCCCUUAUUAUAGAACUGUUGUUUGUUCAACCCAUUCCACAUAGACUAAGCAGUAUGUUCUCCUCUUGAUUAUGUGGGUGUACUUCCCAGGAAUAUUACUUGCUACUUUUAAGAGAAGAUUAGUUCUCUCUACCAUCCAGAAGAGCUAGGUCGAGUCAGUUCUUGAACUUGGACAUCCAGUUGGUAACAAUUCAGUGCAUUAGUUUUGCACAAUAACAUACUGUUGCUUAAAGGACUUUGUUUGGGCUGUUCCAGUGCCAUAACUGUAGCUACUAGGAGCUGAUAAGGCACUGUCAUUCUCCAGGGCACUAGAAAUGAAGAGUGUCUUGUGGAUGAUAUUUAAUGUGAGAGAAAGAGGUCAUUGAUCAUAUUGCUGUAGCCUCCUGCUGGGCAGUUUGUGCAAUGGCUCAAGGGAUUUUUUUGGCCUAUCUAACUUUGCCUAUAACCUACCUCUAGGUUUGAUGUCAUGGCUAUAGCAGCUUAUUAAAAACCACAAACCUUCCGUAGGCAUGCAGAGGACUUUGGAAGUAUCACUGGUAUAUUGCAGUAUUUUCUGAACCUUCCUUCAAAAUGCUCAAUGUGAAUCCCUUUGUCAGAGGCUCUUUAAAGGUGCUUGAUGUAACUUGCAUUACAACAUAGUUGGCAUCACUGUUAACCUGUGUCAAGGGCAGCUGUGGCUUAGGAAAGCCAUUUUUCUCUACAUUUAUCAUCUAAACUAUAGCUUAAUUCUGAGACAUAUCAGCUUUCUACGUAGGUUCAUACACUAGAUAGCCUUGUAUUUUACAGUUAUCAGUACAUGAGAGUUCUAGCGACAUCAACGUAAACUGCAAAAGCAGAGCUCUUGUGGUUUGUCAUCUGGACUCAAUUUAUUUUAUAGACUUGUUCAGUUUUCCUGUUAUAUUUUAUAUAAUACAUGGAUCUUACUACAAAAUAAAACAACAAUACAAAAGAGGAAAUGUUCCCUCUUGUGUGUCAUUUCCUUCUCCUAGUAGCACCUGUUGAGGAACGUAUUGAUGCAGCUGCUACUUUAAAUAGCAUUACAUUCAUUGUCAUGUUGCAUUUGAUAACUAACAGGAAAGCUUAUUGGAUUGGGAUAGAUCCUGCAAUACGUUGAGAAAGCCCUUUGGUUUCUCACCUUCUCCACCGCUUUUCCCAUUCGUACUAGAUGGGACUCCCUUCACUCUCAUGGCUACUCCAACCUUCUGCAGAUUGUUGCUCUUGGUUAAUGAAAAUCUCUUAUUCUUUCACACACAUACAAGCUGAGCAAACUGCCCUUCCAAUGCCUCUUCUGGCCCAGUGAGCAGAGAAAGGAGACUAGGAAACAACCUUUCAGCUUUGCAGAGCACUUCCACUAGUUAAGUGAUAUGAAUGAAGAACAUUUAAAAGUUGCAACUGCGCUGACUUUACAGAUAUCCAGCAUAUUUUUUCACUACCAAUCAUUUAGUUACUGAAAAUCCCCAUAUUGUAGUAUAAAGCAUUGAUUUCUGGAAUAGCAAGUGUGGUUAAAAAAAUAGUUGGAAGAGUAAAAACAGUAAGAAUCUGGGGUAAAAAUGAUUUGGUAAGUUUGUAAUCAGACUUACUGUUUCAUGCGCAAAAGAGAAUCUUUUUAAUUUUUGCUAUUUGGUCAUUGUAACCCUCAUUGCUCACAAUGUUUGGAAACCAGCAAACUAUAUGGGCUAUGUAAACAUUAUUUUUCUUUUUUUUACUGUAUCCGAAAACUGUUGACCACUUUUGAUUUGCUGCUGAAAUGCUAGAGCUUAUAGAAAUCCAUUAAACUGAUUUUAAUUGAAAGUAACCCACCAAGGCUCUUGUGGAAAAUAGCUAGUGUUCCUUUCUAUAUAGCUAGGAAAUGCAUGGAAUAACCUUUGUGCACACCGACAGGGGUAUAGAAAAUUGAGUGUGUGUAGUAUAAAGGCGCCUAAUUUUGAGAUGUAUGAAUACUACAUUAAAGGCGCCAGGUGUGUGGUUUUCUUUACACUGUGGGAUCCAGUGUAUCCACUUGGAGCCCUGAGGAUUUCCUAUUUACAACUCAUUUCAGUGGUCCAUUCUGAAGGAUAACUACACAGGUCUGUUUAAGAAUGCUGUCAUUACUUCCCUUGACCAGGACAUUAUUGUUGAAUUACCUGACGCCCCUUUUCUUUUCUUUGUUUAGGCAGACUACAGCACCUGGUAAUCUAGAUUGCACAAGUCAGUAUGUUAACUUAGUUCUCUGCUGGGAGUGAGUUACAUGGUUGUGGUGUCCAACUCUUAAGAAAACUCCUAUGCUCAUGCAUCUUCUGUUUCUGGAUGAGAGUUUUGUUGUUGCAGUGAACAUAGCUGUAAAAGGUCAUGGAUGGGGAGGGAAAGUUGACCUUGAAUUGGACUCUGUAUUCAUGGGAUGCUAGGGCAGCGUUUGCAGCAUAGGGUUGUGUGCUCGCAGUGACCUGAGAUGCUCUGUAGAUGAGCCGUUGUGGUUUAUAUCAGAUGAAGCUGUAUCAGGGUUGUGGCUUUACUGUUAGAUAUAAUGUGAAAUAAUCAAGCUGGGGAUUGUAAGUUGGUGUUUCAGUGUAGCUAAGUCUGCCCAGUAAGGUAUGCAGUCUUCUGGCCCACCAAAGAUGGAAGUGGCCAGUUUUUCAUUGCUGUGGCUGUUGGGUUGUCAAGUAGUAGUGAAGCAUAUAAAUGGAUCUGAAGGCUAGAAACUGAUGUAACAAUCUGUGGGCAGAUGCCCUUAGUUUUGGGGGAUGUUAAAGGGGAGGCAGCUACUUGACAUCACUCUCCACUUCCCUCCAGCAUCAUUUCCAUUUUGCCUCGGUUCAUCUUUAUCCCACUGAUCUCAGCUAGUCUUUAAGAAAACUGGGAGGUUGUGUUAUGUACUUUUUGACCUUUCCUAACACAAAUGUUUGUCUACAAGGAAGACAGAGAUGCUUCCUUCACUAUAUUGGGUCUUGAAAUAAAGCGUCAAGUCAUAAAAUUACCAAGCUUCAAUGAAUAUAUUUCUGUAACAAAAUAUACAACAGAAGAAAGUUGGCCUGAAAUUUUCUUUAAAAAACAAUUGUAAAUGUAGUUUGUGCUGAAGGAGCUCUUGUUAGAACAAGUAAUUUGGCUCUUGCCACACGUACUUUCCAUUUGUAAUAAUAAUUGUUCAUUUUAAUUAGCAUAAAAUACCAUUUAGCUUUUCACAGGUUCUUUUUAGAUAUUGGAAACCCGUCAGUACGUGGCCCAAGCCGAGGAAGCUAAUGAUCCAACCAGUAGACCAAAUUCGGUAACGAAUCCUGCUCACAUCACAUGCCACCUGCGGCACAUUGCGUGUAAGCAUUAAAAAAAAAAAAUCCCCACGCGUCUGCAGAUGAGGCAUAGCAUUUCACAGUAUAAGCCAUUUCAUUGAGGGCACAGUUAUCAGCCAUAUAACAGAUUUCAUUGCUGUCAAAAAUGUUACAAAAGGGUUGUUCUUUAACUAUUUUUUAACCAAAAAGCACACCCUUAUGCUGUUGACCUUUGAUCCCCACGGCCUUUAAAGGAUUAUAUAGUUAAUGUUAUGUUAUGCUGUACAAAAUAUUCCUCUUUUUUGAAAUUAGACUUAAUCUAAUCAUCUUAAUUUUAUUUUACUUUUAAACCAUAAAAAUUGAAAUUCGGCUGACAUUAAGAUUCUGAUUUUUAAAGCUACAAAAACCAAAGAAAUUCUGGUUUAAGGCUGAAUCUGAAUAUAUAGGGGCUUAAUUGUACUGUAUAGGUAGGCAAAGUGUUCUUUCCAAAGUCUUGUCUCCUGCCUCGAGAUUACCUUCAGGACACUUGAAUGAGAAGAAAAGGGCAUUCGUAUAAAAUGAAGAAUUGGAGAUGACAAUCAUCUUUGAAAUAAUCACUGAAGAACUGAAUAUUAAAAUCAGGAUGAACAUGAAGAAAACCAAAAUCAUGUCAGUUUGAAUGUGAAAAAAACAAAAGAUCAAGAAAUUAUUAAAGCAAGAAUAUUAGGUGAAGAGGUGAAUCAAAGCUUGGUGACUCAUUUCAAGGAACUUAUGCAUCAUUAGGAGGUGCAAGCAUGUUCUCUGUUUUAAAAAGAUCAUAUAAUACUUGCUCAAAGAAGAUUAAAGACUGAAACGAUACCAAGAAGGCGGAACAGAAAUGUAGGCUGGAAAUAGUUGUGCUUUCUAUUAAAUUAGAUAGGAGGAUGAUCAAAAUUAAACCAAGCAAAGCAUUUUGAUGACUGAAAGAUAAAUACUUAGCACUUGUAUAGUGGUAUGCAACCCCUAUGCUCUCGCCAACUCAGACAGAGUAGAUUAAUAUUUUUCUCCAUUUCCAGAUGAGGGCAGAAAUGGUUUCAGAGAGGUUGACUUCCUUAAGGCAAGAUAGCACAUCAGUGACCUAAAAUAGGAGUUGCCAGGCCAUGCAAAAAAAAAAUAAAUAAAUCACUACAUAUGUGAUGGCAUAUAAAGCAAGACACAUAAAGGCCAAGUAACAGUCAGCAAUGAGAAGAGGUGAAUUGGACGUUCUUGUUUUGUAAUGGCAACAAUAAGGCUUUUAUCGUGUUUAGAAUGAGGGAGUGAAAAAGAUAUAAGUACCAACACUCUUAGCUGUACAUUCAAUUGAUAUAAAAUAAGGUAAUCUUAAAUAUACAGUAAUCACUGAAAUUAAUGAUUCAAGGGAAGAGAAGUUCUAAACUGGAUUCUUGUAUUUUAGGAUUUCAUGUGCAUAAAGAUAAAUGAUAAAUAUUAAAAAAAAAAUUUACUAACAAUCUUAAAACCCCAAAAGACCUAUUUUAGGUUUGUACUCUGCUUUGUUGGCUAUUGAGUGCUCUGGGAACAUCCUGACGAUUGGACAAAUAAAACAUUAGAAUUUCAUCUGAUUUACUACUGAAAACUUUUUGAGAUAUAUUACUAGUUUGCUACCCCUGAAUUUGUAUGCAAUGGAAAGGAGUGCACACAGUCAGCAAUACGUGCUAUGGAAUUUAUUGGAUUUUCAUAGCUUAUCUACUCCAUAUUCAGCCUAUUUUGUACAGAAUGAGUGAGAGCUUCUAUCACAGGCUUAUUUAAUUAUCAGUAUCCUGAAAUUUUUCCCAUGGCAUAUAAUACCAAUCUUGAUCUUGGUUUUUAAUCCUAAGGAUGCAGACAAUUACAUGCUCUUCAUUGUUUCGUACAAAAAGGUUAUUGCACCUGUCCAUUUCAUGCUAUUUAGUACCAUAGAUAAUUGAGAGACCUCUGGUUCCAGAUUGGUGAGUAACCUGUCUAGCAAUUGCAAUAAUGUGUGCUUUAGGAAUGAACUUUUUAACUGGCUUAUUGCAUAUCUUAUCAGCUGUAGUACUCUAUGGUAAAUAAAACUACGCAUUAGUGAGGUUUCAAAAUCCUGACCAAUCAAGAAACAGAAAAACUCCAAUCACGUGUGGUAAUAGGAUAGGCGAUGUUUGCCUGGGAUUAGAGCAUGAGACUAGGACUUGGGAAACCUGGAUUUUGUUUCUAACUUUGCCACUUGCUUUUUGUACAUCUUUGACCAAUUUACUUAACCUCUUAAUCUCUCAUUGUUAGUUUCUAGAGCUAUAAAAUGGGGAUAAUGUACAUUUUCAUAAAUUACUUUGAAAUCAUCAGAGACAUAAGUGGUAAGUAUUGGUACUGUUAUUUUAUUACCAAAUAUCUUUGAGCAAUUAAGGAAAUUUUGAAACCUCACAAUGUAGUCUGUGCUUUUGAAAAAAGAAAAGUGGAAUUCUGUCUGAUAAAUAUUGUCAGCUAAAUAAAGAUUAUCUUUUGGACAAA